AUGAAGAUCGCCGUGAAGGCCUCGACCAUGGUCCGACCGGCGGCGGCGACGCCGUCCGGCGGCCUGUGGAACUCGAACGUCGACCUGGUGGUCCCCAACUUCCACACGCCCAGCGUCUACUUCUACCUCCCCACCGGCGCGGCGGACUUCUUCGACGCCGCCGUGCUCAAGGCGGCGCUCGGCCGCGCCCUGGUGCCGUUCUACCCCAUGGCCGGGAGGCUGAGGCGGGACGAGGACGGCCGAAUCGAGAUCGACUGCAACGCCGAGGGCGUGCUGUUUGUGGAGGCCGAAUCCGACGGUGCCGUGGCGGAUUACGGAGACUUCGCGCCGACUUUGGAGCUCCGGCGGCUGAUCCCGGCUGUGGAUUAUUCGCAGGGAAUCUCGGCGUAUCCGCUGCUCGUUUUGCAGCCGGCAGAAAACGACGAAAACCCCCCCUCAGAGACCUGCGUCUCCAUAUUCAAGCUGACGCGCGAGCAGCUCGCGGCCCUCAAGUCCAAGUCGAAGGAGGACGGCAACACGGUCACGUACAGCUCGUACGAGAUGCUGGCCGGCCACGUGUGGCGCUCUGCCUGCGGGGCCCGCAGCUUGCCCCCCGACCAGGAGACGAAGCUCUACAUCGCGACCGACGGGCGGGCCCGGCUCCAGCCGCCCCUGCCCCGGGGGUACUUCGGGAACGUGAUAUUCACGGCCACGCCCCUGGCCGUGUCGGGUGACCUCGAGUCGAGGCCCGUGUGGCACGCGGCGAGCAAGAUCCACGACGCCCUCGCCCGCAUGGAUGACCAGUACCUGAGGUCUGCGCUCGACUAUCUGGAGCUGCAGCCGGACCUCCAGGCGCUUGUUCGCGGGGCCCACACGUUCCGGUGCCCCAACCUCGGGAUCACGAGCUGGGUCAGGCUGCCGAUCCACGACGCGGACUUCGGGUGGGGCCGACCCAUCUUCAUGGGGCCCGGCGGGAUCGCGUACGAGGGCUUGAGUUUCGUGCUGCCGAGCCCGACGAACGACGGGAGCCUGUCGGUUGCGAUCUCCCUGCAGACAGAGCAUAUGAAGGUUUUCGAGAAGUUGCUUUAUGACAUUUGA